GUGAGGGAGAUGCAGAAGAAGAUGCAGCAGGGUCUUGGGGAUGAGGGGGAGGAGGAAGAGGUGGUGGGUGGAUCGUCGUCCAUGGGAGGUAAGUGUGGAUAUCGUCAUCGUAUUACAUAUGGUGAUGAAUCGUGGAUGGUAGGGGGAGGGCACCCGAUGGGACAUGGACCUCUGCGAGCUCAGCUCAAGGAGAACCAUCAUGGAGAGCUUCAAGAUGCAGUGAGGGAAGCACUGCAUCGGGUGUACCACGACCACCUGGAACCUGGAGAGGCUGAGCGACUGCUGAGAUUCCAGAUGGAUCUGCAUGGACACGGUUGGGUGCUGAGGCAGUUGAUGGUGGGGGAGAUGACGUUCCAAGGGCGAGAAGGAGGGGAUGUGGACAUGUUGGUGGAUGGGGCGCUGGAGCGCUCAGGAAGGUUCCUGGGGGGACCCCACAUCCAAAGGGGAACGGGAGGAGGAGGGGGGAGGAGGGGGAGGAAGCGACAGGAACGGGAGGAGGAGACGGAGGACGAGUUGGAAGCGAUGCUGGGAGGGGGGUCAGGUGCGCCGAAAAGACCAAGGAGGAUUCCAGUGUGGGAAGGGGAUUCAGAGGAGGAGGGAACGAGAGGGAUGGAACCGAUCGUGGACCUGUCAUGGCAGCCUGCAAGGGGGGGGCGAGGAGAAGUGCCUGGGAUGUCACAAAGAAGCAAACGAGUGGAUGAGGGAGCACAGGAAGUGCCUGGGACGUCGCCAGGGUCGGAGCUGGAGAAACUACUGUCGGGAGCGCUGGAAGUGCCUGGGAUGUCGCCAGGGUGGGAGCUGGAUGAAGUGCUGGACGCCGAGGGGCUGAUCAGAAUGGAGGAUGAGCGAGACUCGAUGAUGGACAUGAUGGAGACGCAAGAGGGACGAGGGGAGUAUGAAACUCCAUUCCUGGGCAGUGGAUGGAGAACGCCGCUGGAGGAGGCGUUCCCUCUGGUGGAUGAGAUGCGAGGGGGGGGGAUGGAGACUGGAGGAGGGAUGGAGGAGGCUGGGGACGAGAUGGCGGAGGGAGUCGAGGGGAUGGAGAUGUUGGACAUGAUGAUGGAGUUGUAG